CAUCCAUUCUUCUUCUCAAUCUUCUACUCCUAUUAAUGGCGCACUCACAGUCACAGGAUUAUCGUUCCCAAUCCAAGCCUCUCGACAAUCAACCACAGAAAAAGCAACCACUAGAAAGAGACGAGCAAGAUGAAGAGAGCUUUUCUUACGCCAUGCAGCUCGCGACCUCUUCUGUGAUGUCCAUGGCAGUGCAAACGGUGGCCGAGCUUGGCAUUUUCGACAUCAUUCGCAGAGCCGGUCCCGACGCUAAGCUUUCUGCCGCCGAGAUCACGUCACAACUAUCUUGCAAGAACACUGAAGCGCCUUCCGCGGUCGAUCGUCUUCUCCGACUUCUAGCAUCUCACUCUGUUCUUUACUGUUCCGUUAUCGCCGAUGAAAAUCAAGGAAGACCGGGAUGUUUCCGGCGGUUGUACAGCCUUGCUCCGGUGGCCAAAUUCUUUGCGCGAGAUGCUGACGGGGUGUCGUUGGGCCCUAUGAUUGCAUUAUACCAUGAUAAGGUCCUCCUUGAUAGUUGGUCGCAGAUGAAGGAAGCAAUAUUGGAAGGUGGUAUUGCCUUCAACAGGGUCCAUGGCUCGCAUGUAUUUGAGUAUCCAGGAUCAGAUUCGAGGUUCAACGAUGCAUUUAACAAAGCAAUAGCUAACGCAACCACUUUAAUUAUGACCAAGAUUCUUGAAUUCUACAAGGGCUUUGAAGACAUCACUCUACUUGUCGAUGUUGGUGGUGGUCUUGGGAUUACUCUCUCCUUGAUCACUUCUAAACAUCCUCAUAUUCAAGGAAUCAAUUUCGAUUUGCCUCAUGUCAUUCGACAUGCUCCUCCUUUUCCUAGAGUGGAACAUGUUGGAGGUGAUAUGUUUGAAAGUGUGCCUAAGGGAGAUGCCGUCUUGCUGAAGUGGAUGCUUCAUGAUUGGAGUGAUGAAUGGUGCAUGAAACUAUUGAAGAACUGCUACGAUGCGAUCCCAAAAGAUGGAAAGGUGAUUGUGGUGGAGGCAAUUUUUGGCGUCAUGGCAGAUACUUCUGCUGCUACCAAGUGCAUCUCCCAAUCUGAUGUGCAUAUGCUGACUCAGUGCCCAGGAGGCAAAGAGAGAAGCGAGCAAGAGUUCAUGGGAUUAGCUACAUCAGUUGGGUUUCAAGGCAUUAGAUUUGAAUGCUUUGCUCGUAACUAUUGGGUUAUGGAGUUCUUCAAAUAGACGAUUUCAUUUUAGAAAAAUCAUCAUCUAAAAUCCCACACUACAAGAAAUCUAAAUAUAAAAAAGCCUCACAAAAUCACCAAAUUAUACUUUAAAGUCUCAUGUGCUUUACUGAAUCAAUUUAUUAAAUUGAAGUUGUGAAUUAUUAAGAAUUAACAGCUAUCCAACAAUAAUUGAUAACUUCAGUAAAAGCAUGAGAUGUCAAAGUAAUUUUAUGAUUUUAUAGGAUUUUUUUAUUUAGAUUUAUUGUGUGAGACUUUAACAUAAUAUAUUUUCAUUUCAUUUUGCAAUCCCUUUCAAAAAUUGGCCAAUCUAUUAAAUAUGAUAUAGACUCCGUAUGUGUUUCAUUUUCACAAUAAAAGUGGCUCAAGAGCGGUGUUCAAUAGCAUUAGAUGUGAAUCUGUUGUUUAAUUUAUUCUGUUUUUGUAUCCCUUCCUUAUUGAGCUAAUUAUGAUAUUUUCAAUUUGCAUUAUUGGAAUCCAAUCGCGUUAUUCAUGGGACUUGAACAUACAUACAUACAUACAUACAUACAUACAUACAUGAUCUGAAAAACGAGACACUACUUUAGGGUCAUUAGGUGAAGAAAAAAUAUUCAGUUAUCAGUAAGUCAUUUAUUCAUUAUCUUUUGGGAUUUUUCCUCAUUUUGGAUCCAUUUCAUGUACGAAAUGAGAGCAAUCAAUUUCACCUCAGGCUGAGGCUGGACAAAUGGUGCUCAUUAAUUGUUUUCAAAGGACCGGGAUGAGAUAAUAAGGAUGAAGGAGCUGCCUGGGGAAACAAAUUGCAAGAACCUGAUAACAUGAGCUAUUGCCAUUAAUAUUUUGGGCAUUGACAUUGCUGAAUAGGGAACACGCAAACACAAACGCCUGGACUAAGAUGGUCCACGUUGAAUAUCAUGCAGCAAUGGUUGAGGUGAAGCAAGGAUUUUGACAGUGGAAUUUUGUGGGGCAGAGGAUACUUUAUUAUUUAUUCAGACUGUAGAAAAAGCAGUGUUUGUUUCACUGUUUUGUGAUGGAGAGCUCUAAAAGCGGACUCCACAAAUGGUGAAAAUGAAGACCCUAUCUCCUCACUCUCUUCCUCAUUAAUCACUGCAAAAGCACUGGUGAGUUUUUCUCAGGAUGCGCUUGCGUUGUCUUGAAAGACUUGUUAAGACUAAUUAAAUUACAAAGUGUUUAGUUCAACUGGUGGAAGUCUGUACUAAUUUAACUAAAAAUUUUGAGUUCAAAUUUGAGAAACAUAACUGUAUUAAAUGCUUCGUUGGACAGUUUCAUUAUCUUCAAUGUAAAACUCUGUCAUUCUCACCAAACGGUGGGACACAUAAUUAUUUAUCUGAAUGAAUGCCAACAUAUUGUCUCUCUCUUCCUAGCUA